AUGUCGCGCAGCAACGCAAAGGCGCCUCGCUGCGUUGGCAGCCCGUCCUUUGCUCCAGACGAAGUAAUCCAAGAUGGUCCGCGGCUCAAGCAAGCCCGGGAGCUGCUGGCAGCAAAUGAUCUGUACAACGCCAGCCGCGUGCUGCUUAGCCUGCCUGAGAGAGAUACAUUUACGUAUCACGCCAUGACAAGUGUCAAGCUGGCUGAGGUACAGCACGUUGUCGGGUUGGGCGGCAUCAAUGGCCUGCACGCCUGGUAUCGCGGUGAAGAUGGCACGCCUAGAGACCCUCCACCUCUGCCAGAUAUCGAGGCAUACAUCUCCAUAUUCAGCCCCUCAACUGCCACGGCUUCGGCCCUGAAAAACUUUGAGACAAAUGCAAAGAAGACAUCCAUCCGCUCAGAGAUUGCGAGCCACAUCGCAGGGAAACGAUUCAUCCACCCGGCGGUGACCACGCAACUGACCAUUCCCAAAUCAAAGAAGCCGCCGAGUGAGAAUCCGUACCUUGACUUUUGGGCCUGGUCGUGCAGAAACUUGGAGUGGUGCGGGCCGUGCGCUUCAUCGGAAAGAGUCGCAACGAGUCACCAUGUGCUCCCCAUUUUCAUGCACCACUUUGGCUGUGCAACACCAUCACACGAGAGCCUGGAGGUGUUGAGGAUCCUGGCGGAUGGCCGAGCCAUUGCGGAUAUGGGCUCGGGUAAUGGCUACUGGACGUUUCUGCUGAGGCGGUAUGGACUCACGGUGUAUCCGGUAGACAACAUGCAGAGCGAGUGGAGGGUCAACUGGAUCGACGAUACGGCCAUCAUAGACGGCGUGAAAUGGCUGCGGAAGAAUGAAAAUGGCAAAGACAUGGUCCUCCUGUUGGUCUAUCCCGUUGUCGGAGGGGGUGUCGGAGGAGGCGCCGAGGGCAGCUUCACGAGGGGCCUCGUCAGUGCUUUCCAAGGAGACACCAUUGCGGUUGUUGGAACACAGAAUUUAAACGGCUAUACAGGAUUCAGGGGCAUGACGAUGGAUACUUUUAUGGAGCAGGAGCACAAGGAGUGGACAAAGGUGGUGCAGAUUCCACUGCCGAGCUUUGCUGGCAAGGACGAGGCGCUGUAUGUCUUCCAGAGGGGAGAGAUGGUGCCCAACGCAUCGAGCUCGAGUUGA